CUUUUCAUUGGGGUACCGUAAUGAUAUCCACCAAUCAGACGUUGUCACACAGAACGACAUAGACGGCUUCAAGAUGGCUGACGUUCAGAAGAAACUUCAGGCUGACAUAGAAAAAUAUCAACAAUUACAGAAAGAUUAUCAGAAAGUUGUAAGUCAGAGACAGCAGCUUGAUGGCCAACUGAAUGAGAACACAUUAGUAAAGGAGGAAUUUGCUCGUUUAGAAGAGGGUGCAAAUGUGUACAAGAUGAUCGGUCCUGUUCUGGUUAAACAAUGCAUACCAGAAGCAAAGCAAAAUGUACAGAAACGAAUAGACUACAUCGCGGGUGAAAUAAAAAGACACGAAGUUUCUAUUAAAGAUUUUGAGAAAAAACAAGAAACAUGCCGUGAAAGUUUAGCAAAAUAUCAACAGCAACUUCAACAAGCCCAAGUAAAAGCUGCAGCCCGAAGCUAGGAGAUCAAAAUGGAAAAGAUGUUUAAAAAUUUAAUAGCAUGGAUCGAGCUGGUUGUGACAUCAAUUAAACCAGGAAAACAAACUGAUGUGUCAAAACUUUCCUAGGAAAAAAAUACUUAUUCAUAUAUUUAUUUGGUCAAUUUAAGUAUUGACUAUCACUUAACAGCUGUUAUCAUAAGAUUUUGAUGUGGAGGUACACUACCAGUAUGUGGUCCAUCAAAAUGAAAAAAGGAUUAAUAAGUUUAUAAGGUUUUUGGCAAUACAUUUCAUUUCACAGUGAAAUAUUCUCAAUGGAUUGUUACAGUAAAAAGAAGAGUUUUAAUUAACAAACCAAGCAUUAGAAAUCCAGAAAGAUAUAUAUACAUCAACAAAGAUCAAAAUUUCAGAACAAUAAAUAAAUACAUAUUCA